UCGGACCCAUCGGGACCAUCCGAAAAACCCCAAAAAAUCCAAAAUAUCCCCAAAAAAUCCCGGCGGGAAGCGGCUCCAGCAUGGUCGGCGGCCAGUCAGGGGUGAGGUUCCGGAACUGGGCGGGCACCUACGGAUCCUGCCCGGAGCUCUUCUUCCAGCCCCGCUCCCUGCACGAGAUCCGCCAGAUCCUGGAGCUGGCGCGGCAGCGGGGGAAGCGGGUGAAGGUGGUGGGGGGCGGCCACUCCCCCUCGGACAUCGCCUGCUCGGACGAGUUCAUGAUCCACAUGGGAAAACUCAACCGCGUACUGCAGGUGGACAAGGAGCGGCUGCAGGUGAAGGUGGAGGCCGGGAUUCUCCUCUCGGAGCUCAACCGGGAGCUGGAUAAACACGGCAUGGCGCUGGCCAAUUUAGGAGCCGUGUCCGAGGUGACGGCGGCCGGAGUCAUCGGCACCGGGACCCACAACACCGGGAUCGAGCACGGAAUCCUGCCCACCCAGGUGGUGGCGCUGUCGCUGCUGGUGGCCUCGGGGGAGGUUCUGGAAUGUUCCGGCUCGCUGAACCCCGAGCUGUUCGGGGCGGCGCGGCUGCACCUGGGGGCGCUGGGCGUCGUCCUGGACGUCACCUUCCAGUGCGUGCCCGAAUUCCGGCUGCGCGAGGUCGCCUUCCCCUCCACCCUCACCCAGGUCCUGGAUCAGCUGGACGAGCACCUGAGGAAUUCCCAAUAUUUCCGCUUCCUGUGGUUCCCGCACACCGAGAACGUCCGGAUCAUCUACCAGGAUCCCACCGACCAGCCUCCCAGAUCCUCCUCCAGCUGGUUUUGGGAUUACGCUGUGGGAUAUUAUCUCCUGGAAUUCCUGCUCUGGAUCAGCUCCUUCUUCCCCGGCCUGGUGUCCUGGAUCAACCGCGCCUUCUUCCGGCUCCUCUUCAGCUCCCGCUCGGAAAGCGUCGACCGCAGCCACCGGAUCCUCAACUACGAGUGCCGCUUCCGCCAGCACGUCCAGGACUGGGCCAUCCCCAUCGGGAAAACCAAGGAGGCGCUGCUGGAGCUGAAGGCGGAGCUGGACCGGAAUCCCGGGAUCGGCGCCCACUUCCCGGUGGAGAUCCGCUUCUGCCGGCGGGACGAGAUCCCGCUGAGCCCCUGCUUCCGGCGGGACAGCUGCUACAUCAACGUCAUCAUGUACAGGCCGUACGGGCGGGAGGUGCCGCGCGGGCGCUACUGGGGCAUCUACGAGGGCAUCAUGCGCCGGCACGGAGGGAGACCCCACUGGGCCAAGGCUCACAGCUGCACGAGGAAGGAUCUGGAGCUGAUGUUCCCGGAAUUUUCCAAAUUCCGCGCCCUGAGGGAAAAGUUGGACCCCGACGGGAUCUUCCUCAACCCCUACCUGGAAAAAGUUUUCUUUUGAGCCCAAAAAUCCGGGAAAAAUAACGAAAUUGGAAUUUUCCUGGGAAUUUUGGGG